UUCCCAUCAAGAAUUAAAUCACAUUUAUCAAACUCCCAAUUUUCAUAACAAAAAAAAAAUGGUUAUCCAAAGAGAAAUGUUUCCUAGUGAGGCCUACAAGCAAAUGAGCUAUGCACACAAAGAGAAAGAGUCAUUUUGCAAUGACAACUUUUGUGUCAACCAAACCUCCUCAAGCAUGCAAAUGGUGAGGCCUAGCCCAUGCAUGCCCACCACCCACCACCACCACGUCGCCGGAAUCCACCACGACGGCCACCACCUCAUCCCCGGAAAAACCCACGAAAGCCACCACAGUCACGUCCACAAAGACCACCAGUACUGCAUCAAAGAAAACUGCUGCGACGAGAAGCGCCACCACGAAGGGUCCCACCACGGCAAAGAGAAGUUCCACACUAACGCCCGUGUGAGCGAGUUUGUGAAGGAAGAGGCAGUCAAAAUCUUCAGUGACAAGCUGCAGAGGAGCGGAGGAUAUGGAGGCGGCGAAACUCACCACCACCAUGCUCCACCACCCGUCGUGGCGGAACCCUACUAUUAUAAGCAAGAAACCACAAAGUAUUCCGGCGGACCCAACGGGCGGGUGCAUUACGUUGAGUACAAGGGUUUGGAGGAUUGAACUUGGAAGGCUCAAAAUUGGGACACUAAGCUUUGAACAUUUCUGCAUGUAAUAAAUUGCUAAAAAUGUGUGCUAAAAUAACAAAAAAAAGGGGGGCAGGGUAUGAAAGGCAGUAUGUGAACUUUCAUAAACUCCCAUGGCCUCCCAACUAUCCAUUAUCUUGCUUGAAAAAAAAAAAACUAAAUAAACAAUGUUUGUUAUUUGCAUAAUGCUCAAAUAUCUUAAAUCUCAUCAACACAAGAAAAGAUAGGAAAUGUU